AUGCCUCAGCUUGACCUGGACAUUGAAAGAAGGUGGCAGCGCAGUUUUAGCAGCUCUCCUCCUGAUGAAACUGGACCCUCCACGUCCGAAGGCGCAUCUGACGCUGUAAUAGAGACAGCAGGAGAGGUUGGUGAGGCAGUGCCUGAGGUGAAGAAGGGAAGGAGGUGGACGAGGGCAGAAAAGGGCAGCUGGGCAGAUGGUGACUUUGUAGAGCAGCUCAAUGAUGUGGCGGUUGAAGUGCCGGAAGGCAUUCCGAUAUACGACAUGCGCACAGACAUCCCCUGGCACUUUGAGCCGCAGUCCAAGUGGGCAGACAUGCUGGAGCGCGUGGCUGCCGCAGAUCCAGACAUGCUGAAGAUGCUGGAACUGGGGGAGGACUACCCUGCGCCCUACCCUGGCGCCCGCUCCAUCAUCCGAUGGGAGACUUACAUGGUGCUAAUGGCGGGGCCGGACCAUCUGAGCCACCCGGUGAACAAGAAGGCAAAGUGCUGGGUGUACCUGCGCGACCUGCAGGAGGAGUGCGGCCUCACCGACGCCGCUCUGCAGCACAUCGCGCUCAUCUGCGGGCCCAGGUACAACCCAAAGAAGGGGUUGCUGACGCUGGUGAGCGAGAAGUAUCCGGACCGGGAGGAGAACAGGCGCGACAUCCUGGACACGCUGCAUGCGCUGGUGGCCGAGGGGGAGAGGGCGUUCCCUCAGACCGAUGCAGACAUCCAGAAAGUGCAGGAGGAGCGGAGAGCCGCCAGAGAGCGCAUGAGCAGAGGCCUGCCCGUGCCAGACUACAACCCCCUCAGCCCUUCACGUAGGGUGCGCCUCAUCUAG